ACCAAAAUGUAAACUGUAUGAAAAACGACUGGGAAAUGAGCAAAUUACGACUUCAUUACAAUGUCUAUUCAUUGGUAUUGAUGAGAACCUCAACCUUACCAACAUGGCCACUACAUAGGCACGUCGGUUAGCCACGAUGCUACAGCACGUUUUCGUAACUAGUCUUGAUAUCUAUGGUUCUGCCUAACUCGAAACUGGAAUCCGCGUUUUUCUUUUGCAACGAUAACGCACAUUCGAAAGUCUUGUUGGUUUUGCGGUCAAGCCAAACGGGAACGCGUGCGGCGUUUUAAACUUUUAGUUGUGCCGCGUUUAGCUGUUUGUAAUGUAGUUGCAACACCAGUGUGGGAAGAAAUUAUCAGCUCGCGGCUAGCUGCGGCUAACGUUAGCGGUUACACUUUCGUCAACUUGAACCGCACUCACUGUUGAAUUUCAAUUUUUGGGGGACUAUUCCCACUAAGAUUGUGAGAAUGCUGGCCACUGGAGCCGCUGUCACAAACGUCACAGCAUUGGCACAGGUAGACCGGGAGAAGAUUUACCAGUGGAUCAAUGAGUUGUCCAGCCCGGAGACCCGAGAGAAUGCCUUGCUCGAGCUCAGCAAGAAACGGGAGUCUGUGCCCGACCUGGCACCCAUGCUCUGGCACUCCUGUGGCACCAUCGCUGCCCUUUUGCAGGAAAUCGUGAACAUUUAUCCCUCUAUUAACCCACCGACACUGACAGCUCACCAGUCCAACAGAGUGUGCAAUGCCUUAGCGCUUCUUCAGUGUGUUGCCUCACACCCGGAAACGAGGUCGGCCUUUCUAGCAGCUCACAUCCCCCUUUUCCUUUAUCCCUUUCUGCACACGGUGAGCAAAACACGCCCGUUCGAGUACCUGCGACUUACCAGCCUCGGAGUCAUAGGUGCUUUGGUCAAAACGGACGAACAGGAAGUCAUCAACUUUCUCCUGACGACUGAAAUCAUCCCGUUGUGUCUCCGUAUUAUGGAAUCUGGGAGCGAACUCUCCAAGACGGUUGCUACUUUCAUCCUACAGAAGAUCCUGCUGGACGACACAGGGCUGGCCUACAUCUGCCAGACGUACGAGCGCUUUUCCCACGUGGCCAUGAUCCUUGGGAAAAUGGUGUUGCAGUUGUCCAAAGAGCCUUCGGCGCGUCUUCUGAAGCACGUGGUUCGAUGCUACCUCCGCCUCUCUGAUAAUCUCAGAGCCAGAGAAGCUCUGCGGCAGUGUCUGCCGGACCAGCUGAAGGACAGCACCUUCGCCCAAGUGCUGAAGGAUGACACCACUACCAAGCGCUGGCUGGCCCAGUUGGUGAAGAACCUCCAGGAGGGCCAGGUGACUGACGCCCGGGGCAUCCCGUUGGCCCCGCAGUGAUGCCACUAGAAUUGUUUGUACUUCUGCCAAAUGUGGUGCUAAGACUGUCCACGUAGUGAAGGGCUCCAUAACAGUCGAUUUGUGUUGAUUUUGUGUAGGACGUUUUGGUCACAUUUGCUGCUGCUUCAUCUCCAUUAUCAAAAAAAUUUCAAGCCAACAUUAGAUGUAAGAUUUACAUCCACUUGUCUGAUUAUAAAAAAGGGGGGGGAAAUAAAUUGUGGCCGCAAUACAGAUUUAACAUGCAUAUAGAAUGGUAAGUUGUGGGCACAAUAUACUAACUUGUGGCCAUUACAUCAGUACGUGUGCACGAAAUACUAAUUUGUGGCCAGGAUAUACCUCGGUAUCUCAUAUGAACGCAAUACUAAUUUGUGGCUCACAAAAUGGUAGUUUGUUAUUCCCAUGAACAAUUUGGACAUCUGGGUAAUCCAAGAUAUUGGUAUAUAGUGUGCACAAAAUACUAAUUUGUGGCUACGAUAUAGGUAUAACUUGCUCAACAAAUUAGCAUUUUGUUUGCAUGUUGUGGCCACAAUUGAACCCCCCCCCCCCCCCCCCCCAAUAUCAUGGCUGGGGCUCCAUAUAUAUUGGUGGGUACUCUGUGUACAUUUUGGCCACCUCUGUUUUGGGAGUCGUACGGACUAUUAAUGCGUUUUACGGUUGAAUAUUCAAAUGGUGACUUAGUUUUGUAUUAAACCAUGCUGAAAACUGUGAAUACAUUCAGUACUGAUGUAAAUAAUAAAUGUCAACGUUUGGGUAAAUCCUACCACAUCAAAUGACUGCCAGCCCUUCCAAAAUGUUUUUGGCUCCACCGGCUCCACCCCCAACCCCUCCCCCUUGUAAUUUUCAGGAUGUAACACAUGACACUUAAGCUAUAUGAUUGUUAAUUUUCGGAUAAAUAAAACUUUGUAAACCUGA